CGGCUGGCAGGCAGGGAGACCGCGGCUGUGGGGCUGGGACCGGGGCAGGGACUGGGAUCGCUGGGAGGUACUGGGGAGCGUUUGGGGGUGCCCCCAGCGCCAUGAGCCCCCUCCUGCUGCUGUGGCUGCCACUGGCUGGAGCCAGCACCUGGCUGCCAUGCCCCGACGGGCAGCUGUGUCCCACCACCCCGGCCCUGCCUGCCAGCAGAACUGGAGCCAGCUGCCCGCUGCCAGGGGGUGUCACCUGCACUGGUGGCCACCGCUGCUGUCCCCGAGGGUCCCACUGCAGCGCUGACGGCGACUCCUGCGUCACCUCCCUAGCCCCCCGUGCUGUGCCCUGUCCCGACGGGCAGUCCGAGUGCCCCGACGGUGCCACGUGCUGCGUGACGGCCAGCGGCGCCUGGGGGUGCUGCCCCAUGCCCCAGGCCUCCUGCUGCGCUGACAAAGUGCACUGCUGCCCCCACGCCACCCUCUGUGACCUGGCACACGGACGCUGCCUGUCGCCCGCCGGCCACCACCUGCCCCUGGGCACCACCUUCCCUGCCUGGAGGCGCCAGCCCUCGGUGCCAGUCACCCUGCGCCAGGUGCUGUGCCCGGAUGGGCGCUCGGCCUGUCCCGACGGAUCCACCUGCUGCCAGCUGCCCUCGGCACAGUAUGGCUGCUGUCCCCUGCAGAACGCGGUGUGCUGCAGCGACGGGCAGCACUGCUGCCCACAGGGCACCACCUGUGACCUGGAGCGCUCCACCUGCACCUCAGCACGACCCCGGGCAGCCCUGCCCGCAGCUGGCGAGGUGAGGUGCGAGGACGGGACGAGGUGCCCCGAAGGGAACACCUGCUGCAGGAUCAGCCAGGGGGCAUGGGGGUGCUGCCCCCUGGAGGAGGCCGUCUGCUGCUCUGACCACAUUCACUGCUGCCCCCGGGGCUCCACCUGCGAGCCGGAGGCCGGCAGCUGCCGGCUGGGGGGCGGCGGUGCCCAGCCCUGGCUGCGGAAGAGCCCUGCCCUGCGGCGGGGGGGGGACGUGCGCUGCGACGAGCAGACCAGCUGCCCCGACGGCAGCACCUGCUGCCGCCUCGCCUCGGGCGCCUGGGGGUGCUGCCCCCUCGAGGAGGCCGUCUGCUGCCCCGACCACAUUCACUGCUGCCCCCGGGGCUCCACCUGCGAGCCGGAGGCCGGCAGCUGCCGGCUGGGGGGCGGCGGUGCCCAGCCCUGGCUGCGGAAGAGCCCUGCCCUGCGGCGGGGGGGGGACGUGCGCUGCGACGAGCAGACCAGCUGCCCCGACGGCAGCACCUGCUGCCGCCUCGCCUCGGGCGCCUGGGGGUGCUGCCCCCUCGAGCAGGCUGUUUGCUGCCGGGACCACCAGCACUGCUGCCCCCGUGGCUACACCUGCAACGAGGCCACCCAGAGCUGCGACAAGCUGCUGGCGCCCACCCCCUUGCUGCGGGCACCCCCUUCCUCACCCCAGUCCCUGCGCUGGGCACCCCCGCCCCCCCCGGCCCCGCUGCGGGCCGCCAGCCCCCAGGCGGCCGGCGCCGUGCCCUGCGCCGCCUCCCGCUCCUGCCGGGCCGGGCAGAAGUGCUGCCGGAGCCGCGCUGGCUCCUGGGGGUGCUGCCCCUUCGCCCAGCCCAGCCCCCGCCUGUCCCUCUUCAUCCUCACCACGUAG